AUGUCGGACAAGUCGGGCUUCCUCCUCAAGCAAUGCGGCAAGACGUUCAAGAAGCAAUGGUUCGUGUUCAAGUCUUCCGAGCGUCUUCUGCUCAACUACAACAAAGAGGAAGACGCCCUCCUUGGCAAGGCGCCGGCGGGGUUCGUGGACAUGACGGCGUACAUUCUGGAGCGGGAGCCCAAGACCGGGUACGAGCACACCGUCCGACUCGUCGACCAGAACUACAAGCCCGUCUACAUCGCCGCUGAAGAGGCCAAGACCCUCGACGACUGGAUUCGCGCCCUCUCCACCGUGGGCAAGCGCGUGCACUCGGAGCAGUCGGACAUUCAGCGCAAGGACGCGGCGAAGAGGCGCGAGGAGGACAUCAAGGUGCAGAAGGAGAAGGAGAAGGAUCAGAGCGAGGUCGACAAGCAGAAGUUUCAGCACAAGAAGCAGAAGAAGCAGCUCGACCGCAAGCAGACCCGCGAGGAGUACGCCCUCAAGAAGAAGUCCUCCCGAGACAUCGUCGAGCAGCAGUGGAAACACGAGGAUGCGUCGCAGACGAUGGAUCUGGACCACAAGGAGGAGGCGGAGGACCUGGUGGAGAAGAUCCGCGACAAGAACGACCCGACGCCCAAGGACGUGUCGGUGCAGAAGUGGCAGCGGCAGCAAAAGCUGCUCGACCGUAAGCAGGCCCGCGAGAAGCUCACCCUGAACCGCAAGCUGCAGAAGAAGGAGGAGGACACCAAGUGGAAGCAGGAGGACGAGCUGUCGCGCACGCAGCUCGAGCAGGCCGAGGAGGAUGAGGACCUCAACGACAAGCACGAGGUCGAGCGCAAGGCCCUCGAAGAGAAGCAGCAGGAGGCCCGCGAAAAGCUCGAACAGAAGUGCUACGAACAGAUGGAGAAGCUGAGGGACGACAUCCAGGCCAGGCGCGAGAAGGCGCUGUUGGUGAAGGCGGCGGCGGAGGUGAUCGCCAGGGAGGGUCCCACCAAGUCGAUCAAGGAGAUCCAGAAGAUGGUGCAGCAGGGCAAGGAGGAGAAGGCCAAGGAGAACGCCGCUGCCGGCAUGCCCGCCGACGAGUCCGCCGACGAGGCCGAGGCCCCCGAGCCCGAGCCCGAGCCCAGCAAGGACGACGACAGCGACGACAAGUCCGACGACGCCGAAGCUGAAGCCGAAGCCGAAGCCGACGCCUAA